CCGAUUUCCUAGUCUAAAACCUGCUCCACAGAGAAGAGAGGGUGAGAGAGAAAAAAAAUGCAGAUUUUCGUGAAAACCCUAACGGGGAAAACCAUAACCCUAGAGGUUGAAUCCUCCGAUACCAUUGACAAUGUCAAGGCCAAGAUCCAAGAUAAGGAAGGCAUCCCUCCAGACCAGCAGCGUCUCAUCUUCGCCGGAAAGCAGCUUGAAGACGGCCGAACCCUAGCCGACUACAACAUCCAGAAGGAAUCAACUCUUCACCUGGUGCUUCGUCUUAGGGGUGGUGCUAAGAAGAGGAAGAAGAAGACCUACACUAAGCCCAAGAAGCUUAAGCACAAGAAGAAGAAGGUUAAGCUUUCUAUUCUUCAGUUUUACAAGGUCGAUGAUUCUGCUAAGGUUCAGAGGUUGAGGAAGGAGUGCCCUAAUGCUGAGUGUGGUGCUGGUACUUUCAUGGCCAACCAUUUUGAUCGUCACUACUGUGGUAAGUGUGGUCUCACCUAUGUUUACCAGAAGGCCGGCGGCGAUUGAUUCCGGUUCCCAGUUAGUUUUUGUCUAUCCAGCUUGAAUAUCUAGCUUUAUGAAUCAAAACUUCAUCUUAGUCUGUUGAGGAUUCUAGUACUAUUUUGGUUUCUGGGAAUGUUGGAUCCACAAUUUUGAAUCUUGUUAUAAGAGAUUAAUUGCCCCUUUUGUUUUAA